UCGCCAUCAAACAGGGCCUUCGGUGGACCGAAAUUGGAGUCGGAGUCUUCUCCGCUCUCUCACCACCACGGCGGCGGCGACGGCGGCGGCCACUUCCUCUUUUUUUCCAUCGGUAGGCCAGCCCCUGGUGGUCCCUUCCGAAGAAGACAAGCGGGAGGAAUCCAGAGCCAGUAGUACUCUCCAGGUCGCCGCGUCGACUGGCUCGGUGAUCCAAGUUUCCUUUUUUCUUCUUUUGUUGGUAAGAACCCUAACUAGAUGACUUUUCUUGGAGUAAUUUGUUCUGGGAGAUAGAUCUGUUUACAGGUUGCCUGCUUCUAUGAGCUACCGAAUCCAAAUUAUGCUGUUCAAUUCCGAUUACGCCCUCUCUGGCUUGUGCAACUGUUUAAAUGGGAUCAGAAGGACCUUCAGCUGUGACUGUCCAUGUUACUGGAUUCAAGAAGUUUAUUGGAGUUCCUGAGAACCCAACUGAGAAAAUAGUGAGCAAUCUUCAAUCUUAUAUGGAAAAGAAAGGCUUGCCAAAAAACCUUGUACUCGGCAGCUGCACUGUUCUCGAAGCUGCAGGGCAGGGUGCACUUGGCACACUAUAUGAAGUUUUAGAGUCUGCUAUUUCAAACAGACAGGAAGGGUCGCAAAUAAUUUGGAUCCACUUUGGGGUUAGUGGUGGUUUACCAAGAUUUGCGCUUGAGAAUCAAGCUGUUAAUGACGCCACAUUCGCUUGUCCUGAUGAGCUAGGAUGGAAACCUCAGAGGGUCCCUAUUGUAGCAUCUGAUGGAAACAUCUCACGGGUUAGAAAGACUACCCUUCCAGUUAAUGAAUUAGUCAAGAUUCUUCGAAAGAUUGGCCAUGAUGUGAUGCGUUCAGAUGAUGCUGAUCGAUUUUUAUGCAACUAUGUGUAUUAUCAUUCUCUCCGCUUUGCCGAGGAACAUGGCAUCAAAUCUCUGUUUGUGCAUGUGCCCCUCUUCUCGACAAUUGAUGAGGCAGUUCAGAUGCAUUUUGUUGCUUCCCUUCUUGAAGCUGUUGCUAGCUUGAACUAGACAGCAGCUUGUUUCCAGAUCAAUGGUUGUAUGAUGUAACCAGAGAUGUAAGAUGGUGUGGUCUUUGGUGUCAUUGUUCUUGCUCUAUAAAGAGUGUGUUCAAGGAAGGGUUGGAAACAUGGAAUACAUGCACCAAGUACAAGAAGACAAUUGUGUAUGAUGACAUUUUUGAACUUUAUUUUGCACAUUUUCUAGAAAAAAAAUUCUUACUGUUUAUAGACAAAUAUAUACCCCGUUGAUUCAAAAUACAUGUUUUGACCAAUUAUUUAUGAGAAAAUAUGAAAUUUCAAAGUUUCAAAAUACUUAUCAUGGCAAA